AUGGCUUUCCAACGUUUCUCCGCCGUGCUCUUGCUUCUGAGCGGUGCACUUAUUGGCUUUGGCAACCAAGCUUACGCCCUGGACUACGACAAAGACGAAGCAACUGGGAGAUGGGUUUUCAAGGUCUACGGAGAUGGCUACGGUGCGAAGGACGAGCAGGGUGAGCAGUCGUCACUCGACACAAUCAUGGUCAACACGAAGACAAAGCGCCUCACUGUCGUCAAGGCCAUGAAUGGACUGGACAAGACGGAGCCCCGCCUUAAGAUGCGACAGGUCCUCAAGGAGUGCUGGACGAUGACGGGCCUUCAGACGUCUGAGCUGAAGGAGGUACUGGGCUACAAGAUCGAGAACACCGAUAUGAAGGCAGCCCUCGCGGAUUGCCGCAACAGUAUGAGCCUGGGGCCUAGUGACUCUUUCGUGCUGUCGACCACGGACACGGACCCGGCCAAGAAGACGUGCUGGAACAGACUCGACAGAACAAUCUUUUCAGCCUCCAUCCGGGGUACAGUUGCCGAUUUCGGUAUCAACAAGAAACUCAUGCAGGUCAAGGUGGACAACGGGGGACCCUGGGACUACAUCUAUUACGAAUUCUCAUGA